AUGCUCAAGGGCGGCGUCAUCAUGGACGUGACGACUGCGGCGCAGGCCCGCAUCGCCGAGGAGGCGGGAGCGUGCGCCGUCAUGGCCCUGGAGCGAGUGCCGGCCGAUAUACGGGCGCAGGGCGGGGUGGCGCGCAUGUCGGACCCGGCCAUGAUCCGGGAGAUCCAGGAGGCCGUGACGAUACCCGUCAUGGCCAAGGCGCGCAUCGGUCACGACGUCGAGUGCCAGAUCCUCGAGGCCCUGGGCGUGGACUACAUCGACGAGAGCGAGGUGCUCACGCCGGCCGACGACGAGAGCCACGUCGACAAGUCGGUCUUUGGCGUCCCCUUCGUCUGCGGCUGCCGCGACUUGGGCGAGGCCCUGCGCCGCGUGGCCGAGGGCGCCGCCAUGAUCCGCACAAAGGGCGAGGCCGGCACCGGGGACGUCGUCGAGGCCGUCCGCCACAUCAAGACGGUCAGGAGGGACAUCGCCCAGGCCAGGGCUGCCCUGGAGGAGGGCGGCCUCCCGCGCAUCCGCGAGCUCGCCCGCCGCCUCGAGGUCGACCCGGACCUGCUCCGCCAGACCGCCGAGCUCGGCCGCCUCCCCGUCGUCAACUUCGCCGCCGGAGGCGUCGCCACCCCCGCCGACGCCGCCUUCAUGAUGCAGCUCGGCUGCGACGGCGUCUUCGUCGGCAGCGGCAUCUUCAAGUCCGGUGACCCCGCCAAGCGCGCCAAGGCCAUCGUCCAGGCCGUCACCCACUUCCGCGACCCCCACGUGCUCGCCAGCGUCAGCACCGGCCUCGGCGAGGCCAUGGUCGGCAUCAACUGUGAUGGCCUGGACAAGGGGGACAAGCUGGCCUCCAGGGGUAUCUAG